GGGUGGGGAGGAGGAGGAAGAGGAAGAAGAGGAGGAGGUAGCAGUGACACCACCAGGGCUAUUGAGAGCAUCUUUCCCCUGGAUGGAAUCACAUUGUAUCCGGUCCACUAUGGCGCUGGGGUUGUCCUCCAAGAAAACCUCUUCCCGGAACAUCUCAGUAGAAAGGAAAAAUCUGAUUACAGUCUGCAGAUUCUCUGUGAAUACUUUAUUGGAAAAAUAUAUGAUAGAACCCAUCGAUGACUCAUCCGAAGAGUUUGUCAACUUUGCCGCAAUUUUAGAGCAUAUACUCAGCCAUCGCUUCAAAGGGGAUCAUGGUCCUGCCAGUUGGUUUAGCUCUGAUGGACAACGUGGCUUCUGGGAUUACAUCCGCCUGGCAUGCAACAAAGUCCCAAAUAACUGCGUCAGUAGUAUUGAAAACAUGGAAAACAUAAGCUCCUCCAGAGCUAAGGGCCGGGCAUGGAUUCGUGUGGCCCUGAUGGAGAAGCGCAUGUCUGAGUAUAUUGCAACAGCACUUCGGGAUACUAGAACAACCAGGAGAUUUUAUGACGAUGGAGCAAUAAUGCUGCGAGAAGAAUCGACUGUCCUUACAGGAAUGCUGAUUGGCCUCAGUGCUAUAGACUUCAGUUUUUGCCUCAAAGGGGAAAUUAUGGAUGGUAAGACACCAGUGGUUAUCGACUAUACUCCAUAUCUGAAGUUUACACAGAGUUAUGAUUACCUAAGUGAUGAAGAGGACCGGCACAGCCUGGAAAGCAGUACCAGUGAAGAGAGCUCUCCUGACCAUCCUUACUUACCAUUAGUGACUGCAGAAGACAGCUGGUACAUUAAAUGGCGCAAGAUAGAGCAGAAGUUUCGCAUCGUCUAUGCACAAAAGGGCUAUCUAGAAGAGCUAGUUCGGUUGAGAGAGUCACAACUCAAGGAUCUGGAGGCAGAGAACAAACGCCUGAAGUUAAGGCUGGAAGAGGUGAAGGUGCAGAAUCAGUUAGAGAAACGGGAAUUGGAAGGGAUCAUCCUGGAACUGCAAGAGCAGCUAUUUCCCUCCUCCUGCUCUGCCCUCAGGACGGGCCUCAUCCCUUCAGACAACAGCCAGUUCGUCCAACUCUCCAAGGAGAUGUCUGCACCCUUGGUGAACCAGUGGCCCUCUUUGGGUACACUGAAUGGUAAUGAAAGCCAUGCAGAAGCCAAGAUAUUCAGGAGGCACAGCUUCAUGAGCACAGAUCAACUCUCCACAGAAAUAAGCUUGAGUUCUGAUUCACAACGGAUGGGGGAAGGGAAACAUGAAGGGGAACCUUGGGGGCCACUGGGAAAGGACCCAACUCCAUCAAUGUUGGGCCUCUGUGGAUCUUUGGCCUCUCUGCCUAGCUGCAAGUCUUUAGCUAGCCUAAAAUCCAACGAGUGUCUGGUGAGCGACAGUACAGAGCCUAGCCCUGCUCAUAGUCCCAGCUGAGACAGCAGCAGACUAUUCUCAUAAAUCUUAAAAAUGUCUAUGAAGGAGAUUUUGGGUGGACAAAACAUCUUGAGUCAAGCCCCUUUGGCUUGUUUCAGUAGGUGGGGAGGGCAACUGAACCAUUUAGCCAGCUUGAUG